CUUUAGCAUACAAAAGUUCGGUUUUUUUUCAACAAUUCAACAGCCAUUCGGGAAUUCAACACACAUGCACACCAACAAGUCACAAGACAGUGUGCAUUCCCACAAAACACUUUUAAAAGCGACAACCAAAAAGUUUAUAAAAAAAACAAAAGGAGAGAGACAUAAACAUGACUUACCAGCUCCGAGCGUCAGUGCUCACUGAAGCUGGUCACAAAGGUGCGACGCCAAAUCACCCCCCAGGGAAACAAAAAGAACUGCACCAGGUGUAAAGAUGCAGUUUUAAUAUGACUCAACUAGAUUUGACCGAUGAAGAAAGUGUUGAAGAACGAUCUGUCAGGUGAACACUCUCUCUCUCACACCUUCCCUCCAUUGUUCCCAAACACACCUGAGCUCCUUUCCCCCGCACGCUUUGUUUGAAGGACCUUCACUUGACAAUGGGCUGUGUCCUGCUCCUGCUCGGGUGUCUCGCUCCCGUGGUCUGGACCUACAGUUCUGGUCAGGUGGCGGACAGCUGUGAGGACCUGCACCCCCGACACUCGGGCUUGAACCCACAAAGGGAUGCGGCACCCUUCAUAGUCACCGCGGACCCUUUCAGAGAGGAGGUCACAGUUCAGCUUACGGCUCCAGAUUCCAAACCUUUCCUUGGCUUCCUGUUACAAGCACGAGCGUUGGGUCAGUCGUCUCCGGUCGGUUCUUUCAGUCUCCUGACAGACCAGGCCCGGCUUCUCAACUGCAGCCAGAAACCUAACUCUGCCGUAUCCCACACCUCCAAAUCUCCAAAAACGUCCUUCAAGGUGAUUUGGACACGGGAACCUUCAGGAAAGGAAAAACAAAUUCAGUUCCAUGCUUCCUUUGUCCAGGAUUACCAAACCUUCUGGGUUGACAUCACAAGUCCAGCGCUGACUUUGAGUGAAGAGUCCAGCACGGCAGCAGGAACAAAUCAAACUCCAACGUUGCAGUCUGCGGCGCCACGUGGUAUCUCCAGUGAAGGGUGUGGCGUCACCAAAGUGUGUUUCCAGCACCCUCCCAAAUGUCAGCCUGACGUCAGCGCAGACUGCUACUUCCUGUCCGCCAUCAAGGUGUCCCCCACUGACCGGGCCGUCCGCUAUGAGGUGACGGGCAGGUCAGAUGGUUACAUCUCCUUUGGCUUCUCACACGAUCAGACUAUGGGUGAAGAUGACAUUUACCUGUGUGGCAAAGCAAGUGAUGGUCUGCUGACAUUACAACGUUACUUUUCUACCGGACGACAACGUCCUCAACUUCUUCCUUUGGGGAAUGUUUCCCAGCAGAGAUUGUUGAUGCACGAAGGAUCCAUCACAUGUUCUUUCACUUCCUUCAACACCAUCCAUGAUGACUCCACCUCUAACACCAUCCAUGAUGACUCCACCUCUAACACCAUCCAUGCUGACUCCACCUCUAACACCAUCCAUGAUGACUCCAACUCUAACACCAUCCAUGAUGACUCCACCUCUAACACCAUCCAUGCUGACUCCACCUCUAACACCAUCUCUAGCUUCUAUCUCAUGUUGGCAUCCGGACCUGUCGACAAUGGACUCAUCCAGGUUCACACUCAAACUUUCAUCAGCUCCCACAAGGUCGACAUUUUUACUCCUCAGAUUGUGUCAACAUCUGGAAUCUCUCCUGUCAUCAAAGCACACGGUGCACUGAUGCUGAUUGGCUGGAUGAUUACAGGCUCCCCAGGAAUGCUGGUCGCCAGGUACCUGAAAGGAGUCAGCAGAGGACACAAAGUGUUUGGCAAAGAUGUUUGGUUUGUGGUGCAUGUUACACUGAUGAGUGUCACACUCGCAGCGACUGGAACUGCCUUCAUUCUCUCCUUCUCAUACGCCAAGAACUGGUCUGGGGGGGUCCAUCCAGUUCUGGGCUGCAUGGUGACCACGUUGUGUGUAGUCCAGGUCUUACCUGCUCUGCUGCGCUGCCAAGUCCAACAUCCUCUGAGGGUUGUGUUCAACUACUUUCAUGCCUUGACAGCAGCACUAAUUAAAGUUCUGGCAGUUGCAGCCAUCUUCACUGGCCUGAAGUUGAUUGACAGCUCUGCCAGCCAAUGGCUGAUGAAGGUGAUGGGCGGGCUGGUGGGCUGGGAGGCGGUCUUACACACCUUGCUGCAGGUCAACACCUCAUGCAGACUGCACCCUACAGACCAAUGUGCUGCUGCUGGUCAUGUUCUGGCCAGGAAGUCUGAUCUUCCUGCUGGCUCUGCUCUCUGGGAUCGCCUCCUCCUAAACAACAACUGUUCUGGCCAGUAGGGCUGCUCUUCCUACUGACUCUGCUCUCUGGGAUCACCUCCUCCUAAACAACAUUCACAACUAAAAGGCACUUUGUGUAAAACUCAGAGAGACUUUCUGUCAUUCUGUGAUAUAAAUCCAUCUGACUGGAGGGUUUACGUGUCACAUGACGCACACUCAAACCUGCUGCUGUCCAAUCGUAGGUGCCCUACAGGUAAGGGGCGGAGCUACAGGUUGACAAUGGUACUACAUGUUACUCUGUACUAGGGUGGUCCCCUUACCAGAUUUCAGUGCUUUUCUCAAUAAAUGGGACCACAAAAAAUGUCUUUAUUGUAACAAAAAAUGUUAGCGUACAUGAAACAUAUGUUUAUUAUUGUCAUUUAGUCCUUCAAUAAAAUGUUGAACAUACUAGACAACUUGUCUUUUAGUAGUAAGUAAACAAACAAAGACUCCUAAUUAGUAUGCAGUAACAUAUUAUGUCAUUUAUACAUUGACAAACUGUAAAAAGGGAUUAUUCACCUACUUGUUCAUUUACUGUUAAUAUCUGCUUAUUUUCUCUUUUAACAUGUUCUAUAUAUAAUAAUUAUAUGUAUAAUCAUUUCUACAAGUCUUAUUUUGUUGUGAUGUAGUGAUUGG